ACUUCUAUGCGUUUUUUUCUCUUUUGUUCCCGUCUUGCCUUUGUUUAAUAAAUACUACUAUUCUCACAAAUGAAUGAGUUAUCUUUUCUAAUACAGAAUAAAUAAAGGACAACAAGAUCAUUUGAUCUACUUUCUUAAUCCUUGUGCACAAAUCUAAAACAACUUUCAUUUACAAUCGGAGGGAGUAAGUAUUUGUCACCUUUAAGCUCUUAGCAACAUCAAUUCCUUGCUUGUCCGAGUAACUCAGACACAUUGCUCUAGUGAUUCUGGUUCUAUAUAACAAGACUGCAGCAAGGGGCAAUUUCCUUGUCCACCUAACUACUUGUUUGGCUGCAUUGAUUUUGAGAUUUUAUUUCAACCAAGGCAGCUGGAUCAUAUUAACUGCCAAUUCUGCAAGCAGGCUAGAUAGUUACUAUAUAAUCUCAAUCUGCUCCAUGGAUGCCAUGUGAGCAAAACAAUGGUCAAAACCAGCCUGUGCGAUCAAAGUGAGCUGGUAUUGGAAGCAUAUGGAAGGCGGUGCAGCUACCACUAGAUCAUCAGGAGGAGCGCAAGCACCGAUGGACAGGCGUCUCAUGGCGGCAGCCAAAUCUGGUGAUGCCACAUCAAUGAUUGAUCUUGCUCAUGAUGACCCAGGCGUGCUGCUUGGAACAACACCACAGGGGAACACCUGCCUCCAUAUCUCCUCCAUGCACGGCCACCAAGGGUUCUGCAACGAGGCCCUGCGGCUGAACCAGUCUCUCCUCACCGCGGUCAAUGCGGAUGGGGAGACACCACUGCUCACCGCCGUGACAAGGGGUCAUGCUUCUUUGGCAUCUUUUUUACUCGGACGCUGCCGUGAUCAGCAGCUGAGCGAGGCGAUCUUGGCGCAAGACAAGCAUCGGUAUAAUGCUCUCCACCAUGCCAUUCGCAGCGGCCACAGGGAGCUCGCACUGGAGUUGAUAGCAGCGGAGCCUGCCUUGUCACGAGCCGUGAACAAAUACAAUGAGUCACCCAUGUUCAUAGCGGUCAUGAGAAAUUAUGAAGAAGUCUUCGAGAGACUGUUGGGGAUUCCUGAUUCUGGACACGGGGGAGCCUGUGCCUGCAAUGCUCUGCUUGCUGCCGUGAGAAAUGGCAAUUCAGUUAUCGCUAAAAAGAUUAUUGAGACACGUCCUCGGCUGGCCACAGAAGAAGAUAUGGAUGCGAAUACGCCAAUGCGGAUGGCUGUACUUUGGGACCAGAUUGACGUUCUAAGAGUAUUGUUGGAACAUGACUGCUCUUUAGGGUAUGAAGUAAGCACAAGAGGUAAUGCUCUUCUUACUUCAGCCGCAUUUCGAGGCAAUGUAGGUGUCGCUCGGGAGCUUCUUAACCAUUGUCCGGAUGCUCCCAGUUGGGAUCCAAAUGAUGACUGGACAUGUCUUCACGAGGCUGUAUCGGAAGGUCAUGAAAACUUCGUAGAAUUUAUCCUGCGGGCCCCACAGCUUCAGAAAAUCGUUAACGUGCGGAACAGAAAAGGAGAUACUGCUCUGCAUAUCGCAGUCCAAAAGUGCAAUCCGAAGAUUGUCUCUGCUUUACUGCUUCACCAAGACAUAGACGUUACAGUUGUUAACAACAUUGGUAACCCAGCAACCUGGCAAUUGUCUGCUGUCUCCGAUCAUGCCAAGACUUUGAACUGGAAUGAAGUGUCCAUGCUUAUGUUGAAAGCUGAUCCAGAAGGCGCAGCAUGUACUUAUAAUCUCAAAAACGUCGUCAAGGCUACAGUAGCUAAAGCAUCAAGGAAGGAUGUCAGGUCACUGACUCAAACAUACACAAGCAACACUUCCCUAGUGGCGAUCCUCAUCGCGACGAUUACCUUCGCCGCCGCUUUCACCUUGCCCGGAGGAUAUAGCAGUGACGCUGGAAGUGAGGGGGUUCCCAUCAUGUCAAGGAAGCUCGCGUUUCAAGCAUUCUUGAUCUCCGACACCUUAGCAAUGUGCUCCUCACUUGCCGUUGCCUUCAUAUGCAUCCUAGCCAGGUGGGAGGACCUUGAGUUCUUGCUUUACUAUAGAUCUUUUACAAAGAAGCUUAUGUGGUUUGCAUACGUAGCAACAACCACGGCAUUUGCAACUGGUUUAUACACAGUUCUGGCCCCUCGUCUCCUAUGGUUGGCUAUUGCAAUUUGCAUUCUGCCAAUCUUAUUGCCCACUCUUACCAAGCUGCUUGGUGAAUGGCCAGUCUUGAAGCUCAAGUUUCGGUUGGGUCGAACUUUCAACUCUGACCUCCUUGAUAUGGUCUGACCUCGUCACUUUGUGUUGUUGAUUCCGGCUACUUUAUGCUCGCAUUGUUUGUUCCAAGACAUGUUUAAACAUUGUAAAAGAAUGUUAUGUUAGUAAUUUGGAUUUCUGUGUAAGACCUAAGCUAUGCAUUGAGAACGCUUCUA